GGCUCACACUUUUAAUCAGUUUGUUGUGAGGCAAGUCAAGUUGAUCUAUUGUUCUGGUGGACCAAUCGGGUUGUUUGAUGAAACAAAGCUUCAGAUGUCAUUGAUCAUGUGCUUCUGAUAGUGAUACAGGCAUCGGCACACUGCUUUGAGUUUAGGUAUGGCAGCAACACCAUUUGAAAAUGGACCACAUGUGGCAGCGGGGCACAUUGGGCCACACCAGCCAGUUCCUCAGCCCAACCCUGGCACAUGGCACCCAGUGCAUGGACCCGAAGGAUCAGGGCCCCAUCUAACCGAUCAUCAGCCCCAUCCUCAUGUGCACCAGUCUCGACCCUACUUCUAUGUGCAGCCCCCUCCUCAACUCCCCCUCUACCACUACCAGUGGCCCAUGCCCUACAACCCCUGCUCUGGAUUUCCAGGUUACGGUAUGCCGGGAAUGGUUAUGCCACCUUUCCUUCCCCACCCAUACAUGGAGGUUCCAGGUUAUGUUCUUCCUCAUUCCCAGCUGCACCCUGCAGAAUACAGACAAUACCAAUUCCGUCCUGCUGCCAUGGCCUACCAGAGCAACAGCAGGAUGUCCAGCACGUUUUACCACAACGCCACACCCAUAGAGAUGGUCAACUCUGAAGUACAGACUGAGCCACCACCUGAAGUGGUGAAGGAUGGUCCCCCCUUGGCUAGACUACUGGCUAGGUCUGACUUUGGAAGAGGCACCAACUCUACCACCCCCUCAUCUCUAAGCUCCAAAGCAGAGAAACAGAGUUGCCCAGAAGAAGAACCUAAUUCCCCCAUUGCCUCCAAAACUGUAUUCCAGGGGAUACUGAGGAGCCAGGGUACUGGCAAAGACCCACCUGCAGGAACAAAGACCAUGCACUCACGUAGCAUCUCUAUAGAGUGGAUGACACAGAAUGGACUGAUGGUGCUAGAAGAUGUGGCACCAUCAGAGUUGUCUGAAAAAGUGUCAGAUGAUCAUCCUAAUCAAAGCCAGAUGUCCUUUUAUAGUCAGGUACCCAAAAAGUUGAAUGAUUCCGUAUGGUCAGUGCAGUCUUUGGCCCCGUAUGUCCCCUCCAAAGAGUUGCUUAUGGAGAACGGCAUUGUGGUGACUGAGAAAGAAGCAGAUCCUUCCAACGUCAGUCAAGACCUCGCAGCCAGUCAAGUCAUAGCUAUAACAGAGAGGAGGAGAAGUCUGAGGUUUUCGCUGACUUUAGAAAAUGUGAAAGAGGCAGAGAACAUGGCUGAUGUGAAUACUUCUUCAUGCCAAGAGUCCUUCCAUUAUAGCCAAAUACAGCAAAAGGCUAAUGCGUCUGUUUGGUCAGUGCAGUCUUUGGCGCCGUAUGUCCCCUCCACAGAGUGGCUGAUACAGAAUGGGCUUUUGGAUCAUGAAGUGUCGACUGCGAAAGAAUCGGAUGCGGAUGUCAGUCGAGGCCACACAGCUAGUCAACUGUUGGCUAUAACCGAGAGAAGUCAAAGGUUGUCCCUGUCAUCGGUAGACACACUUCCCCCUUAUGUUCCCUUUUCCUGUUUGUUGGCCGACAUGGGAAAAAUGUACGACAGAAAGCAUCAACUAGGCACUGCAGAGCAUAAGCAAGUUUUCAGCACACCAAUGGAUAAAUUCAUCCCAUCAAAGAGGCUGGACUCUGAAGCUCUUCCCAGGAGGAAAAGGCAGCUCAAACUUAGCCACAACCUACACAUGGAGCUUGUGGAAAAAGGUUCUUCUACAAGCCAAAGUGCAAUGAUCCCAAGUGUUGAAGGAUCUUUGAAUAGCACUCAAGGGUCAUUGAAACCCAAGGCUCAACGUAGCCCAAAUCAGAAGGCUCUGAAAGUUACAGAGCCCAGGGUCCUGAGCCCUCCCUGCUCUCCAGAUGACCCUGAACCAUAUUCCUCCAAAUGCCUAGCAGGAGACAAAGCAUCUGGCUGCAGUUGUACAGGUCGCUGCAACCAGAAAAUGGAGGCGGAGGUGAUGGAACCUGCCAAACAGACUGGGCCUAUUGUACCCAGUCGACAGGACUGCGAGCAGAUUGCAGUUAGGAUGCCAACAGCUCCCUCAUCAAACGGACACUUUAAGACGUGUGGUCUGAUGUGUUCAAAGCUACAGGAGAGGAACUGCUACUGUGAGGCGCCGAAGCCAAACGCCGUGAGUUUCAGAAAGCGCCACACAGGCAGACUGAAUAAGGGAAAUGUGGCCAAGAUGGCCGCCGAUCUCAUCAAGCCUCAGGCACAGCAGCGUCUCAUUCCACAGAAUCAGAGACGACAGAUGGAUUCCAGGGGAGCAAACAAGGCCAUGCCUGAUCAUGUAACUUGUGAUAAUGGAUAUGGGCUGAACUACUCAAAGAAACGGGGACGAUGGCAGAAUAGACCACAGGACAGAGCACAGACUAAUCCAUCAAACAAGCCUUUUGGACAGCAGAACACCCAGAGGAAUGGUGACGAAGAACCGUGGACUGGGUAUUAUGGCAGAUCUGGUAAAACAAGAGGAGCAAAUGGAAGAAACCCAAGGUACUGACUGACCAGAGACUGUCAACAAAUGACAAUGAAGACAUUUUUAAUAACCCUAUUUAUAGGCCUAUCUAAAAUAAAGUUUUUUUCCCCUCCAAAUUAA